AUGCAGUUUCACUACUCAGGUGACUGUCUCAGAGAUCUAGGGUGCUAUCCAAACUCCACUGGAGGACUCCAGUGUCAGUGUGAAGACCAGUUUGCUUGGUCAUGUAACAAGUGUGCUGAGUACGGCGCAUGCACACCAGUGGACUUUGAUAUAGACCUUGAACUGCACAUCCCAGUAUCUAGUGUGCCCCAAAAUUUCAGUGUUGUGCUCAGAAAUAUUCUGAGAAAUUUCUCCUUCCCCAAAAUCAUCACUGGGUCUUUAACACUGAAAGACUUGAACUUCACCACAUGGUGCUAUCCAAACUCCACUGGAGGACUCCAGUGUCAGUGUGAGGACCAGUUUGCUUGGUCAUGUAACAAGUGUGAUGAGUACGGCGCAUGCAGUAAUGUCACCUCACAAACCUGUGAUUGCAUAAAGGGAUUUCCUCUGAGUGGGGAGUUCUGUCAACCAAUCACAACACCAGUGGACUUUGAUAUAGACCUUGAACUGCACAUCCCAGCAUCUAGUGUGCCCCAAAAUUUCAGUGUUGUGCUCAGAAAUAUUCUGAGAAAUUUCUCCUUCCCCAAAAUCAUCACUGGGUCUUUAACACUGAAAGACUUGAACUUCACCACAUGGUGCUAUCCAAACUCCACUGGAGGACUCCAGUGUCAGUGUGAGGACCAGUUUGCUUGGUCAUGUAACAAGUGUGAUGAGUACGGCGCAUGCAGUAAUGUCACCUCACAAACCUGUGAUUGCAUAAAGGGAUUUCCUCUGAGUGGGGAGUUCUGUCAACCAAUCACAACACCAGUGGACUUUGAUAUAGACCUUGAACUGCACAUCCCAGCAUCUAGUGUGCCCCAAAAUUUCAGUGUUGUGCUCAGAAAUAUUCUGAGAAAUUUCUCCUUCCCCAAAAUCAUCACUGGGUCUUUAACACUGAAAGACUUGAACUUCACCACAUGGUGCUAUCCAAACUCCACUGGAGGACUCCAGUGUCAGUGUGAGGACCAGUUUGCUUGGUCAUGCGACAAGUGUGAUGAGUACGGCGCAUGCAGUAAUGUCACCUCACAAACCUGUGAUUGCAUAAAGGGAUUUCCUCCUGAUGGAGAAUUCUGUGAACCAGUCACAAUGCCAACUAUUACAACCACAGCGAUGUCAACUACAACAACAACAGCAAUGCCAACUACUACAACCACAGCAAUGUCAACUACUACAACAACAUCAACUACUGCUUUUGUUAAAACAGAUAAAUUUGAUAUGACCAUAAAUGUGGAAUUUAAUCCUCAAAUAUGUGAUGAUGUAACAUUUGGAAAGGCAGUUAGUGGUUUCAGAGCCAGAAUACCCUGUGCAAACAAUGAGGAAGGAGAAAAGAGUGCAUUGUGCAACAACAGAACAUAUACUGAUAGACAAGACACCUGCAUACUGCAACCCAUUAAGGAGCUGCUUGACCAGUCUGAGGUCUUGACUGCCACUACACUGCCAGCAUUUUUGCAACAGCUCAGUAAUGUUACUAAUGGGAAUUCUAAUCAAGUGGUUAACUCACCUAAAAAUAUUGAUGCUGUUGUUCAAAUCCUCAGAAAUGUAGCAGACAGAACAGAAUUAUUAAACAUCUCAAUCAAUGAAAACUCAAUGAAGGAUAUCCUGAGAACUGCAGGUGUUCUCACCACAGAUCAGGCAAGGGACUCAUGGAACAUUCUGAACAAAAAAGAUGAAAGUAUCUCGUAUAACAUCUCUAAACCUGACAUUGUUAGUUCAUCAUUAUUGCAGUCUCUUGAAAAUAUAACAAAACACCUUGCCAGUUUCAAUAAUUCUGGUAUUGACACGCCUUUAAUCAUCUUGAACAGAACUAUUUACACAAACCCUAUCAUUGGUGAUUUUAAUUCUUCAGUGGAGAUAGAAAUACCAGAGAAUGAGGGUAAAAAUAAGUCAAUCACAGUGAUAACAUUUGCCUCUCUGAAUAAUGUACUCCCUGCAAGAGAAAUAGACAAUUCAUCGAUUAAGGUCAUCGGUGGCAGGGUUGUACUUGUUCAGUCAAGUGGCCAAAUCAAUAAUAUCUCUUUGACAUUUGAUAUUUUAAUUGAUACACUGAGAAAUCCAAAAUGUGUCUUCUGGAACUUCAGUCUCCUUAAUAAUCUCGGAGGAUGGGACGAUGAGGGCUGUGAAGUGGUAAAUUCAAAUGAAACUGGAACUGUCACCUGCAACUGCAACCACCUGACCUCAUUCUCUAUCCUGAUGUCACCAAACAGUCCAGAUAGCCCAAUUUUGGACUAUAUAACCUACAUCGGAGUUGGCAUUUCCAUGGGUUCCUUGGUCAUAUGUCUCAUCAUUGAAGGACUCAUAUGGAGAAAAAUAAGAACGAAUGAAACCUCUUACCUGCGUCAUGUUUCCAUAGUUAACAUUGCUGUGUCCCUCCUGAUUGCAGAUAUUUGGUUUAUAUCUGGAGCAGCCAUUUCACAUGCAAAAAACCACUCAGCAUGCACUGCAGCUACAUUUUUUAUCCAUUUUUUCUACCUAGCUCUGUUCUUCUGGAUGUUUGCCUCAGCUCUGUUGCUGCUCUACCGUACAACUAAUGUCUUUGGUGGGGGUUUGUCUAAAGCAUCUAUGCUGGCCAUUGGAUUUUCUCUAGGCUACGGAGCUCCUCUAAUCAUAGCAAUAGUAACUAUAGCUGCAACUGUACCUGACAACAAAUAUAUCAGAGAAAAUGUAAUCUGCUGGCUCAACUGGGAUGAGUCCAAAGCUCUACUGGCAUUUGUGAUUCCUGCACUUUCAAUAGUGCUGAUAAAUCUCAUUAUCCUGGUUGUGGUUUUGUACAAAAUUAUAAGGAGAAGGGUUGGAACAACUGCUGCACAAGCAGGUGAAAGGAGCGUUUUACUGGUUAUUGUCAAGAGUUUGGCUGUGCUUACACCAUUUUUUGGAAUAACUUGGGGUUUGGGAGCUGGACUUCUGGCGGAUCCAAAAAACAUGGGAAUCAAUAUUGCAUUCGCAUUCUUCAAUUCGCUACAGGGCUUCUUUAUUUUGGUGUUUGGGACACUGCUGGAUGGUAAGACCAGAUAA